AUGGCUGGACCUUUACCAUUUGGCUGGGAAGAACGAGCUGAUUUUGUGACUGGUCGUAAAUUUUAUGUUGAUACAAAGAGUGGAAAAACAACUUGGGAUGAUCCACGUCUCAACCCGCAACUUGCAUAUUCUUCUCCACCAAUAUCUCCUGGUAUUGGAGUAGCUCAUUCAUAUUUUCCAGAGGUUCAAUCUCAAAUUUCUCCUCCUAUCCUAUCAACACAAGCUGGACCAUCCUAUCCUUGGAUUCCUCAUACUCCGGCUUCUGUGUCGAUGCCAACACCAUCAAUCUCUAAUAUUCCUGAGCCAAUUCAUGCAGCAUAUAAUCCAACGCGACCAGCGCUUCAUCACUAUAACUCAAUGCCAAUGCCCGCAACUAAUACAGUUGCUUCUCCACGUCAAAAUACAAUGCCAUUAGCUAAUUAUCAUGCGGAAACCACAGCUUCUAUUAAACCACCUGAUCAUCAAUUUUAUCAAAAUUCUUCGGCAGCAGCACCUACUGCUAUGAAUUAUUCCACUCAAGUA